CUGACGUACAUUGCGUGCGUCGUCAGCACUGCUGUGUUUGUUCACCUUACUAAGAUGGCUGGUUACGACUGAUUUCCAAUGGCUUUUCCAAUGUAAGGAAGCUGUCGUAAGAAUGUGAAAGUAGGGUCUGAAUUAAUAUGAACAUUUAUUUUUGAUUAGUGACAAAUGAAAAGCAGCGUCCACAUGAGCAGGUUUGGCAGAAAGUCAUAAUGUUGAAGUGGUUCUCAAAUGAUGAAUCUGGCCCAAAUCAGGCAGCCCUGGAAUCCCAGGAAGGCUCCAGUAGCCAGUCAAUGGCUGAGGUUUCUGAUCAGUUGGUGCAGACACAACAGCUUGUGGCACAGCUCAAAGAACUCAUCCGGGAAAAAGAUAGCAACUUACAAGCCAAAGAUGAGCAGCUCAAGACAGAAAAGGGCUCAUUUGAGGCCAGACUGUCCAAACUGAAGCUCCAGAACAAAGCAAAGGUUACAUCUCUAAAUGCUCAGCUGGAGGAUCUUAAAAAGCAACUUGCUGUCUCUGGGGGGAAGGUGGAAAUCAAGAAGAGUGGAGGAGAUGGGGAUCAGGAACAUGCCUCUGCAAGUCGAGGGAAGAUCCUCCUCCUGAAGAAGAAGGCAGAGGAACUGGAGCAGCAGCUUUUGCAGAAGGAGGCAGAGCUGACUGUGAAGACUAAGGAGCUGGAGGCUCAGCGGCAGCGGGGCAUGGAAAUGGAUGCCAUGCUUUCAGAAAAGAACAGGAAGUUAGCAGAAAAGGAGGCAUAUAUCAUUGAUCUUCAGAUGACAGUGGGAGGAGAUAUCACUACACAAACUCACCAACCGCAAGUAGUGGAACGAAAGUCUGCAGGGGAGCCUGCUUCUAUGCAGGAACUCCAGCUGUUAGUGCAGCACCUCACCAAGAAGAUUGGGGAGAGUGAGGAGCGGUACAGCCUUCUGCAGGAACAGACAGAGAGCCUUAAAGAGUUACUGGUGAAUGAGAAGGCUCAAUUUGAAAAGAGGGAGAACAUGUACAAAGAGAACAUCCAAACAUUUAAAGAUAUAAUACUUCAGAAAGACUACAAAUUAACAGAAGUAAACCAGAUGCAUGAACAGGAGCUCUUCAGAUUAGCUGCAAAGUCUGAUGCUAGUGCUGAUCUGGAACAGCUCCUGAAGGCCCUGAAACAGAAGCUCCAUGAAAAGGAGGAGGUGUUGCUGGGAAAAACUCAGGUGAUAAAUGUUCUGCAGGGGGAGGUUGAUGCUAAAGACCAGCAGAUAAAGGACCUGGGAGAGAAGAUGCAGUGGCUGCAUGUAGAGAAGGACAACAUGCAGUCAAAGCUGGAUGCCGAAAGACAUGUAAUGCGAGCCCAGCUGCGGGAUCUCAUGCAGAAACAUGAGGAGGAGCUGCAGCGGGUAGCAGAGAAACAUGAACACGAGGUCCUGGAGAAGGAGCAGUCUCUCCACCGGCAGAUGGGAGAACUCCGGAGUACCCCAGCUGUGCAGCCAGGAGAGCAGCGUUCCAAAGACAUCAACACAGACUCCUUGGUGGACAUGGAAGCGGCAAAGAAGCUGUCAGAGCUGGAAGCUCAACUGAAGGUGAAAGCUGAGGAAGCAAGCAAAUCUGAAGCCAAAUUUCUGAAGAUGAAAGCGUGGUCCAAAUCGCGCAUCAGGCAGCUUGAGGACGACAUAAGGAAAGCACAGUCUGGAUGCCCUGGUCCUGAUAUGAAUACAUUACAGAACCGCAUCACUGAUCUUGAAGAAGAACGGCAAGAACUUCUCUGCAAACUAGACCAGUAUGAUGAACUAAAGACUAAAAACGAUCAACUAAUAGCCAAGCUCGUGGCGUAUGAAGAGCAGCAGAGGAAGAUGCAAGCUGACUUGGAGCAAGUGACUAAGCGAGCUGCCUCGCAGACGAGCGAAUCGGGCAGUGUGGAUGAGCUGCAGAGCCAGGUGUUGGAGUGGCAGGAUAUGGUGUUGGAGGCAGAGGCAGGCCGUGAGCAAGCCCGCGGAGAGAAGGCUGCCCUGGCGAUACGAAUGAGCCACAUCGAGGAGGAGCGUGAAGUGCUGGUCAGUCGGCAGCAGGAGUUGGAGGAGGAGCUGGCGCAGGCUCGAGGGCUUCGGCAGCAGAAGGGCAAGAAGCUGGCUGUGGCUUCCAGCCGCAGCCUACAGGAGGACUUUGAGUUUGAGAAGCAGACUUAUCCAGACCCAAAAAAUGCUUUGGAGAGUACUGCUUCCACAGAGGGAGAGAAUAUGGGAGGUUGGUGGCCAGAGUACAGAACUUCUGACGCAGGCCUGCGAUCGGUGGUGGAGGAGCUGGAACUGGAGAGGAAUCAGCUGCAGGAGCAGAUUGUUGGCUUGGAGGAGCGUUGUCAGGACUUGGAGGACCGGCUACAGAUGCAGGCUCGCAUUGAGUCCUUACAGACAGAGACUGAGCGGCUGCAAGCACAGCUGGCUGGCCUUCGGAGCCAGCAGAGCCGGGAAACCGAGAACCACCAGUUGCUGGUCGCAAGCCUUAAUGAACAGCUCAAAGGUUUAAGUGAAACACAAGAGUGCCUUGAAACAUCGCUCAUGGAGAAAGAGCACACAUUAGCCAAAGCAUCAGAGAAACUGGAGUUCAUCGAUAAUCUGACAGAUGCUUUAAAGGAGAAGGAGAACCAGUACAAAGAAGUAACAGAGAAACUCCUGCAAGCAGAGCACAAUCUUUCUGAAGUCACAAAGAAAUGCAGUAGCUAUGAAAAGCAAUGUUCCGACUUGAAAAAGUCAGUUGCAGAUCUUACUCAGAAGACAAGUAUGCUGAAAGAUAAGGCACAGAAACAGGAGACCACUAUUGUUUCACUACAGAAUGAUCUGGAGCAAACAAAUGAUGAACUUGACAAAUUGAACUCCACCCAUUUAGAAGAAAGGGCUCAAUUAAUUCAUGACCUUCAAAGCUGUGAACGAGAGAUAGACAGUCUUAAGGAUAUUUUGGCUGACAAAGACAAGGAGAUCUGUGUCCUCUCUAAUAGCAUGACUGAGUAUUCUGAGCAGAUUUUUGAGCUCAAACGAGAUAUCAAACUCAAAGAAGAGGAUCUUGUACGCAUGGAAACGACCUUGACAAAAACUGAGCGGGAAGCUCAGGUUAUGAGAGACUCCCAGUCUUCUGACCAGCAGGCCUUGAAUACCAAGAUCACACAGCUCACAGAACAGCUUAAAGUCGCAGAGUCUGAGCUGGAUAAAGUUAAAGAGGAAACAAACCUUAAGACCAAGGAAGCUGAGGAACUUCUGAAGCAAGUUCAGAAGGAUGACCAGAAUAUCAAAAAUCUUUGUGGGGAAAUUCAGAAGUUGACUGUGAACCACCAAAGCCAUCUUUUGGAGUGUGAAUCUCAGAUUUCUUCACUGAAGGACCAGGUGACAAUAACUUCUCUAAAAUUGCAGGAUUCAGAAAGUCAUCUCUCUCAAACAAAUGUUUCCAUUGAAAAGUUAGAGGUCAGGCUACAAGAUAAAGAGAAGACAUAUGAAAAAGAAUUGAAAUGCCUGAAAGAAGAAUGCAACCAACUUAUUGCUGAGGCUGUGAAGGCUGAGGAAAAGAUUAAAAAUCUAAGUGAGAAACUGGAAAAUAUAUCUAUAUCGCAGGAAGAGGCAGAAAAUGAACAAGUUAAUCUCAAUCAGAAGUUGAAGGCAAGAGAUUCAGACAAUGAAAGGCUUCAACAGGCACUCCAAGCGAAAUCUGAAUCCAUCUCAAGACUAGAAAUGGAUGUGAAAUUCCUUGAAAGUGCUAAUCAGCAGCUUAAGGCUGCUUUUGAGAAAAAGGAGGAAGAACUAAGUAAACAGAAGAAGCUUAUAGAAGAUCUAAAUGAGAGAAUUUCUAUAACUUAUGAUGAGCAUGCAAGCCUGAAAUCACAAUUUGCCAAUCUUGUAGAAGAAAACAAAAAGCUGCAACAAGAAAUUGCUUACAAGGAUGAAAAUAAGAUAGCAUUAGCUGAGCAGCUAAAUAGUAAAAUGUCUGUUUAUGAACUACAGCAUUCAGAAAGCCAAAAAACUAUUGAAGGGUUGCAGAAAGAUAAAGAAAAUUUACUUCUAAGAAAUGAGGAACUUGGAAAAGUCCUUGAACAAAAUAAAAUUUCAAUGUCUGGCAUGUUGCUGGAGAAAACAAAUGAGUGUAGCCGUCUUGCUAAAUUAGUCAGUGAAAGUAAGGAGAACGUAACCCAAUUACAUGAUCAGGUUUCUCACUUGAAUGCUCAAUUAGAAGAAGCCAGAGGUAGUUUGACUGAGAAGGAGAAAAUGAUUCUAGACAAAAAUGCCCAUUGUGAAAUGCAGCAAAGUCAGCUUGAACAGACUGUAACUACUUUAAAAGCAGGGCUUAUGGAAAAAGAGUCUUUGUUGCAUCAGGGGUCAGUUGAAGUAAAUUCCUUACAAAAUGAAAUUAUGUUGCACAAACAGCUUACUACUCAGCUUCAGGCUGAGAAUGAGUCACUACAGAUGGAAAACUUGCGACUGAGUCAAAGUUUGGAAGAAAAAGAAGCAAAUCUUAGAAGUUAUUCUCAGGAAUAUGAAAAGUUUCUGAAUGAAUAUAAUAAGAUGACUGAAACCACAGUGUCAAUGAGCAGUCAAAUAGAGGAAAAUAACAAAACAAUAUUAAUGCUGGAAUCUGCCAAUGUUGACAUUAAAAAAACACUUGAAACUCAAGUUGCUGAUAACAUUAAGGUGCAAGAGCAGCUUUCUCAGAAUCAAACUGAAGUUAAAGGUCUUCAAAAUCACUUACAAGCUUUAAAUGAAGAAAACCAGCAACUUCAUGUGGCUCUUCAGAAGGAGAAGGAAGAACUUGUUGAACAAAAGAAGCUGGUAACUGAUUUGAAUGAAAGAAAUGGUAUGACUUCUGAGCAGAUAUCUGAAAACAGAAAGAUUAUUGAAAUUCUAUUGAAAGAAAAAGAAGACUUGACUAUAAAGAUUGAAGAACUUAAACACACCGAACAACACAAAACUUUCCUGUCAGAGAGUUUGUUUGAGAAAACAAAUGAAUGCAGUCUCCUAACACAAUUACUCAGUGAGAGUAAGGAAAGCGUAGCAGGUUUACACAAUCAUGUUGCUCUUUUGAAUGCUGAAAUAGAAGAACUUAAAGUUAAGGUAUCUGAAAAAGAUCAAAUGAUUAGUGAUAAAAAUUCAAACCAAGAACAACUUCAAGAGACUUUGUCCCUGCUACAGGAGCAAGGAAUUGCUUUAAAGGCAGGGCUUAUGGAGAAAGAUGCUUUGGUGCAGCAGAGAGAUGUAGAAGUGAGGUCUUUAAGGACUGAAAUCUUAAAGCAGAAAGAGUGUUGUAGUCAGAUUGAGGAGGACAGGAAGAGUGCACUAGAUAAACAUAUUUCUGAUAACUGUAUGCUAAGAGAGACCUUGUCACAGAAUCAGACUAAAUUAAUAGAACUUCAUAAUAGCCUACAGGCUUUAAAUGAGGAAAAUGACAAAAUCAAAACAGAAUAUCACAAUUUAGAAGCAGAGGCCUCCAAAACAGCGCAAGAAAUUGUUGUUCUCCAGUCAGAAUUGUCUAAGCAAAAAAAUGAAGUAGUUUCAUUGACAAAGAAGUUAAGGGCUCUUGAGGAAGAAAAUGAACAGAUGCAUUUGUCAUUACAGCAGAAAACCGAGUCUGUGAAUCAGCAAGAGAUGUUUAUAAAGCAGCUGAAAGACCAGUUGGAGCAGGGGAAAAGUCAGAUGGAUACAAUCUCUGAGCUGCAGUCUCAGAUUCAGUUCAUGCAAAAAACCAUGCAGGAUAAGGAGAGGUCCUCACAAGAGAAAGAGACCCAACUUAAACAGUUCAAAGAAAAGGCAGUAACUGCGUCUGAUGCAUUAACAACCCAAAUUAGUGCCAACAUAGAGACUAUCAGCAAUCUACAGGCUGAGAUUAAGAGCUUGUUAGAAAAGAAUAAGGAGCUAAAUAUAAGUAUUGCAGAAAAAGAGAGCCACCUCAAGAAUAAGGUAGAUGACUACUUGAGUUUAAGGGCAAAAUAUUCAGAAUUGGAAGAUAUGGAUUUACAGCUUAGAGAGAAAGUGGAUUCAUUAUCAUUAGAGUCCGUUCAGCUCAAGAAAAUGUUAAAAGAAAAGGAAGAGACUCUUAUAGAAAUUCAGAGCACCUCCCUUGCAAAUAGUGAUAUUUUGAAUAUAAAUUACAAAACCAAAGAUGCUGAAUGUGAAACCUUAAAACAACAGGUCUUCAUGCUACAAGAAGAUGUAUCUAAACUGAAGGAUAACCUGUGUGCCCAGUCUUCCGAAAUAGCAAAACUUCAAGAAACACUUGCAGAAAAGGAGGCUACUGCUUUGGAGCAAAUUAAAGCUCUUCAGAAUCUUCAGAGUAAAGCAGAUGAGGCAGCACUUUUCAAAACUCAGUUCGCGGAGAGUACAGAAUUGGUUUCAGAAUUGCAGAGACAGGUUCAGGAAAACUCCUUAGAAUAUGGAAGACUCAACGAGCAUGCACAAGAGAAGAAAAGUGCCUUAUCAGAUCUGCAACAGAAAUACGCUAUACAUCUAGAGGAGCUCUCUCAGAAAAAUGAAGAAAUCAACAAUCUCAACAAGCUUCUCACGGAUUCUAAGGACUCAAAUAAAACUGCCGAAAACACUGUAGAUGUACUAAGUAGUGAAAUGGCCCUACUUAGGGAGGAGCUUCAGCAUAUACAAGCAUCUCAUGCUGAACUUUCAAAACAGAAGGAAGAAGCUCUCACCACCCACCAGGUACAUGCCUCUAAUUUAAUGGUUGAAAUUGAGGGGUUAAGGUCACAACACUUACAAGUUGCUGCACAGGUAAAUGCCUUGACACAGAAUCUAGAACAGAGAGAACUGGCCUUGUAUGAAAUCAACAAUCAGUACGCUGUCCAAGUCAAACGUGGAGAACAUCUUUUGUCAGAAAAUCAGAAAAUAAGGGAGGAGAAUAAAAAAUUAAGGGAAGAGAGCAGUGUAAAUAAAGACCUUCAGCGGCAACUAGAUGCAGCCAUCAGUGAAAAAGAUUUUCAGAAAGCAAUCACAGAGAAAGAAGAUCUUUGCAAAAGUUACAGCAACCAAUUGCAAAUGCUGAAAGAGGAGUUUGAACUCCAACAUCAGCAGCAUCUUGGUAGCAUGAGUGAAGCCAUGGAGAAAAUGAUGACCGAGAAGGAGCAUCUGCAGCUGCAGCUGAAAGAAGUUGGAAGUUUGAAGUCUGAAAAUGCUGACCUAGAGAAGGCUUUGCAGGAGGCCCAGGCUUACAGGUGGCAGACAGAGAGAGACAUCAACACGUACCAGGUGGAGCUUGCAGAACUGAAGUCUGAGAGAAACAAAUUGAUGUCAGAGCACCACAGCCUCAAGCAGCCAGUAGUUGCCAUGGCUGAAAAGGAGAACUCAGCCCCACUAGCUAAGAACUCAUCUGGUGAGCAGCUCCCUCUGCUUCUAACACAGCGACGCCAGCUUGAAAGCGACCUCCAGCGUUGUCUCCAAGAGAUCCAUCAGCGAGAUUUACGCUUUCAGCAGGUCAACGCCCAGCUUCUGCAGACUGUGGAAGAGAAGAUGGGCUUGGCUUCCCAGUUAAAGACAACGUCUCAAACCCUGAGGGACACACAGUUGAACCUGGGUGAUCUGCAGAAUCGCUGUUACUGGCUUGAGAGUCAGAUCCAGACAUUUCCCGGCCAGGGCCAUGCUCAUGGGGCAGUGGCACCAGAGGUUCCUCCUGGAGCACCCCAAGAACGGAGUAUUACCGAGGUGGCAAUGGACACCCCCCAGGCUAGUGAGCUGAGAAGCAGGCUGGUGGAGGUGGAGCAGCAGCUAGUCUCUACACAGCAUGACCUGACCCAGCUUGCAGAGAGUCUGACAGAGGAGCGGGCCAGGAGGCAGGUGGCUGAGGAGGCUCUGGGACUCGCUGAGGAGAGAGUGAAAAGCAUGAAUGCUAGCAUUUCCAGGACAAGUCAAGGAGAAUUUACUAUUCAUCUGGAGUCUGAUGAUGAACGGGAAGCACUUAUCAUUGACCCCAGUGAGAAUGUUGUCACUCGCAAGAUGAAAGGCGGAGUUCUGUCCUGCAAGCGAUGGCUGCGGGGGCGGAGUCUAUACUGCUCCAAGCUGCUGACAUCACGGGCCAAAUCUCGUUACCUUUUUCUUGCAUAUCUGCUGACGCUGCACGUCAUCGUAUUUAUGUGCUUCACUGGUACCCUGUAGAACAGUUAACUCUGCUGGCCAGCAUUUAAUGACCCCAAGGGCUCUUCACAAGGGUCACAGGGGCUUCGCAGCACAGACCUUCACACCCUCAGGGCCCUAUUAAAUGUAUCACAAUUAAUACUGCAGCAAAACAAAUGCUGGAAAUCUACAAAAUGUGUUAAGCAAAGAAUGAUGACACAUUUUGAGUUGAAUGUUAACAUUGCUGCUUAAAUUGUUCAACCAUCUUGAAGAUAACUCCUCCAAGAUUAAAGCUUUGCAAAAAACUAUACAAAACAAAUACAUGUUCAUACUCAACUCUAAAGGUAUUAAAGUACAAUGGCCUCCUAAUCUUGUUUUUAGCUGCUGGUUGAGCUAUGCACUACAGAUCUCUGCUGUUUUAAUUUAUUUAAAAGCAGUCCUAUUAGGAUAAGAGUAUAUUAUAUAAGGGUUAAUGUAUAUCAGGUUUGGCACGUCGUAUUACAACCUUUAUUGUACAUUGAGAUUUGUUUGUUUGGCGAGUCGUAUGUGCAUCAGUGUACUCUGUCAAAAGUUUUUCUCUUGCGUUCCUACUGAUUUGUAUAUAUUGUGUGAAUGAAGAAUCAAAUCUAUGUUAAAAGCUACUGAGUGCAUCCAAGGUAUUUUCUAUAUAAUAUCUAUUUUUUAAGAAGAGCUGGUGGUCAGCAGCAUCUUUUGCCUCACUAGACUGUUCCCUCACCAUUGAGUAUCAUUGAUAGGGUAAACGUGCAAUAUAGUGCAGGGUGUUCUUGCCUACUACAGAUUUUUUGUCGAAAUGAGGCAUUUUAAUAAAGCUGUUGAAAACAA